CUGUUCAUUGCCUCAUUUUCAAAUAUCCUGUCUAACGUGGUCAACCAAAUUUAAAAUUUUUCGAAAAAUAUUUUUUUUUAGACGCGUUGCCCAGAAGUAGGACAAACGUAUUUAAACUUUGGCUAUACAUAAAAGUUUCGGUUACAUAUUUUCGAUAAUGCCGACAAAAAGUGUCUCGGCCGUGCAACGGAUAUCACAGACAAUGCGCGCUUAUCAGCGGCAUUAUAGUGGCAGGACCCUUCUGGAGAAGAGCUACGAUGCAUUCGGACUGAGCGUCAAGAUGAGCGAUAGGCUCUCGUGGCCGAAACGAGAAGAAGGCUAUGCGGCUGUCCAACUUCUCCGUCAAAAUCGAAACUGGACCAACUUUAGAAAAUUCGGCACCAAUAAUGUAACCCAAAAUCAAUUAAUUAACCGUAGAGGCUCCACGCCCCGACGCAACAAUAUACUGGCUGCCAAAAAUGCUAGCAUGAGACGGGGGUCAAUGGAUAAAACUGAAAUAAAUGAGAAACAAGAGCCCAUAGUGGUUGAGAAUGCCGCGGGUUCGCACAAAGAGGGUGAUCAUGAAACUAAUCGGGAGCUGCGAACUGUGCGGGAUGCGGUCUUUGGUGUUCCGGAAGUCAACGAGGAUGAGCAGGAAAAACAGCGUGAAGCAGAUGCCGAUCUACUGAGACGAAUGACCAAGCACCGACCAGUUUAUCCCGAGUCAGCCCUCUCAAAGAAGGUGAUCGCGCCGUACACCACCUAUAGAACCCACCGCAACAGCUGGGCCGAGUUUCGCCAUCGCAUGAUAUAUGGCGUACUUAGCCCAUUUUGGCGCGGGACAUAUCAAAGACUAGGCCCAAACGCUGACGCGACCGACUAAUUAUGCUAACAAGUGCAGAACCCAACAAGUGCUCCCGUUAGAAGUGCGCGACUACAAGAUACCCUGAACCCAGCGGCAAUCUUCCCUUACGAAUAUAGCCGCGCACGCCACGAACUGCAUCCUCUAUUCAGCGGAUCUGCAUUUUUUUUUGAUAAUGUUAUUAUUUUUAUAUAUAUAUAUAUAUAUUUGUUUAUCGUGAAUAA